AAUAAAUCCCAGGUCCCCGUCACUUCCCAACACGGGAAUCAGCAAACCGCCCUCGCCUCCGUUUUUCACACUUUCUUCUUUUCUUCUUUCUGCAGGUUAGUCUUCAAUAUGCCUGUCGUGAAUCCAGAGAAGUUGGUUGCUUUGCAACGAAAUCCAGACGGCAUCAGAAAUAUCUGUAUAUUAGCACACGUUGAUCAUGGAAAAACAUCUCUCACCGAUGCGCUCAUCGCCACAAAUGGCAUCAUUUCACCCAAGCUUGCAGGCAAGAUCAGAUACCUCGAUUCUCGACCAGACGAACAGACUCGAGGGAUUACUAUGGAGUCGUCUGCCAUAUCCCUUUUUUUCUCGAUGCUCCGAAGAUCUGCGCCAGAUGCUACACCAGAACAAAAAGAGUACUUGAUCAAUUUGAUUGAUUCGCCGGGGCACAUUGAUUUCAGCAGCGAGGUCUCGACUGCAUCACGUCUCUGCGACGGUGCUGUUGUCCUAGUGGAUGCUGUGGAAGGCGUGUGCAGCCAGACUGUGACCGUGUUGCGACAAACAUGGGUAGAGCACAUGAAGCCAUUAUUGGUGAUCAAUAAAAUGGACAGACUCAUCACAGAGUUGAAGAUGACCCCAGGAGAGGCAUACAUACAUCUGAACAAAUUACUGGAACAAGUUAAUGCCGUGCUUGGGAGCUUCUUCCAGGGAGAGAGAAUGGAAGAAGAUCUGAAUUGGAGAGAAAGAGUCGACGAGAGAAUUGCUGCUGCCGCUGCAAAAGAGAAGGAGAAAGCCGACCGAGAAGCAAUAAAUGGAACCACAUCUAUUGAUACCGAAAACAUUGCUACUACGAAUAAUGAGUUCGAGGAGAAGGAUGACGAGGAUAUAUACUUUGCACCGGAGAAGAACAAUGUCAUAUUCAGCAGUGCUAUUGAUGGCUGGGCUUUUACGGUAAGGCAAUUUGCCAGUUUAUACGAGAAAAAGUUAGGAAUCAAGCGAACAGCCAUGGAGAAAGUGCUCUGGGGAGACUUUUAUCUAGAUCCCAAGACAAAAAAGGUGUUGGGACAAAAGCAUCUGAAAGGUCGAAAUCUUAAGCCUAUGUUUGUCCAACUGGUCCUCGAUCAAAUAUGGGCUGUAUAUCAAGCCACAUCAGGUGGAGAUAAGGGCAAGGGUGACCCUGCAAUGACUGAAAAGAUUAUCAAGUCGCUGAACAUUACCCUCCCUCCCCACAUUACGCGAUCAAGAGAUCCUCGAGCCAUUCUUACUACGCUUUUCAGCGCUUGGUUGCCUCUUUCUACAGCGCUCCUGGUCUCUGUCAUCGAGUCGCUGCCAUCACCGCCAGCCGCUCAAAAAGAAAGGUUACCAGCACUCAUCGAUGAUUCGCCUGGCUUUACUUUCGUCGACCCAGUAAUUCGAAACGCUAUGGUCAAAUCAAAGAGUUCUACGAGUGACCCGGUGGUAGCAUAUAUCAGUAAAAUGGUUUCGAUACCGGAGAGUGAGCUGCCAGAGAAUAAGCGUCGUGGUGCUCUAAGUCCGGAAGAAGCAAGGGAAAUGGGUCGCAGAAAACGGGCAGAGAUCGCCAGAGCCCAAGCAUUAGAGAAUGGCGAUGCGUCAGACUCAGUUGGUGGCCUCACAGAUGCAAUCGGAGCUACCAGCCUUGAAGAUCCGACUGCCGAAGAGGAAAAGCAAGCUGACAGAGAACAUCUCAUCGGGUUCGCUAGGAUCUAUUCUGGAACUUUGUCGGUUGGCGACUCGGUAUAUGUUCUGCCACCGAAGUUCACACCAGAAAAUCCCCGUCAUGCCCCGGAGCCACAGAAGGUUACAGUCACGGCCUUGUAUCUACUGAUGGGGCGGGGCCUUGAGCCUCUGACAUCAGUACCUGCUGGUGUUGUUUUCGGUAUCGGUGGCUUGGAAGGCCAUGUCCUUAAAUCCGGAACCAUCUGUAGUCAACUCGAAGGUAGUGUCAAUCUCGCUGGUGUCAACAUGGCUUCAAAACCAAUCGUCAGGGUCGCUCUAGAGCCUGUUAGUCCAGCCGACCUGGACAAAAUGAUCAAUGGUCUCAAACUGCUCGUACAAAGCGAUCCUUGCGCUGAGUACGAGCAGUUUGAGAGCGGUGAGCAUGUACUCUUGACAGCUGGAGAGCUACAUCUUGAGCGUUGCUUAACUGAUCUGCGAGAAAGAUUCGCCAAGUGCGAGAUCCAGGCAGGUGAACCAAUUGUUCCUUAUCGUGAGACAAUUAUUCGAGCAGAGGAGAUGAAGCCGCCUGCGAAUAAGGAGUUGGGAAGAGGGACCGUUGUCGCAGUAACAACUUCGAAACAAGUUACCAUUCGAUUAAAUGUACGACCUUUGCCCACCCAAGUGUCUGAGUUCUUGUCAAAGAAUUCGAGUGCUAUCAAACGACUGUACUCUGAUCGGCAGGCAGCUGAGAAGGGUAUUGACGUAGAUACGGACAAGGAAGACUCGGAUGGGGAGGACAUUGACGACGUAAUAGAUAGUAAGAAGGUUUUGUCUCUUCCAGAAUUCAAGAAACAACUCCAGGCCACAUUUGAGGGUGUGAAGGGCCAACGAGAUAUUUGGGCAAAUGCUGUUGAGCAGAUCACAGCAUUUGGGCCUCGAAGAACUGGACCAAAUCUUCUCAUAGAUACGACGAAAGAUGGUAUCUGUGGACGAUUGUGAGUCAACCUGAUACAUGUUGGGACCAUUUAACUAAUUUCGAUAGCCUCCGAGAAGCUGGAGAUGAAAAGGAUCACACGGUCGGCGAUACAUUGCAAGCACAGGACUUUUCGGACAAAAUAAGUUAUGCUUUCCAGCUCGCAACUGCUCAAGGACCCAUGUGCAACGAACCGGUGCAAGGUAUUGCUGUGUUCCUUGAAGAAGUCACCGUAAUUCCCUCGACAGAUGACGAAUCUUCAGCCCGUGACAAGCUUGGUCGUCUUACCGGUGAGGUAAUUAAGACUGUGCAGCAAGCUAUGCGGCAAGGGUUUUUGGACUGGAGUCCUCGGCUAUUACUUGCGAUGUAUUCCUGCGAAAUUCAAGCUAGCAGUAAGUCUACCGAUUUCGGUCGCUCUUGAUAAAGACUAAAUUCGUCCUAGCCGAAGUCCUUGGACGCGUCUACGACGUUCUCACUCGUCGACGUGGCCGCGUUCAGUCAGAAGCAAUGAACGAAGGCACACCGUUCUUCACAAUCCAAUCACUCCUCCCCGUUGCAGAGUCAUUCGGUUUCAGUGACGAAAUUCGCAAACGAACUUCUGGAGCUGCGUCACCGCAACUGAUUUUCCAAGGCUACGAGAUUCUUGAUGAAGAUCCAUUCUGGGUACCAUUCACAGAAGAUGACUUGGAAGAUCUGGGUGAGCUAGCUGAUAAGGAAAAUGUGGCUAAGAGAUAUAUGGAUAGCGUAAGGAAGCGGAAAGGGUUGAUGGUCAGUGGAAAGAAACUCGUGAAGGAUGCUGAGAAACAGAAGACUUUGAAGAGAUGAAGUGCACAUUUGGAGGUUGGUUUUGGGGUCUGUUCGUUUUUCAAGAGAUGUCUCCAGCGAAUAUACCAUUGUGAAUCUGUGAGAUUCUAAAACUGCCGUUGUCGAUGAUUCAGCAGGCUUAAUUGCCAUACUCUCACGAUUAAUAGUUGUCUGAUAAAGAUCUGCUGUGUUACCAUCUCAUGAUUCCUCUUUCCUACUGUGCAAAUACGCACGUAUUUAAAGAUUUAAAAGAAUGAUUCUGAACUUCAACAGCAGCCGGGACUAUCUCUCCACUGACAUGCAUACAUCAGCAGCACCCCAUACCCGACAGACAAUGAGCUCAGAUCAACCUAAUUACGAGCGUCCCCGUAUCAUCAACAU